CUUCCCUCUUCCCUCCCUCCCUCCCCUCCAGAAUUAAAGUUGGGACAGUCGCGCUCCGGGGAUGGGUGCGAGCCAACGCCUCUGCUGCCGGCUCGCUCUGCUCCCUCCCCAGGUCGCCCGGAGUCCGCGCCCCCGCCCGCCAGCCCAGGAGGGAUGCUGCUCCGGGAGCUGCUGGGGCUGCUCCGCUGCUGCUGGCCCUCCCUGCUGCUGCACUGUGCCCUCCACCCGCUCUGGGGCUCCGUCCAGGUCACUCAGGGUGAGCCCCAGAAGUCAUGCUCCAAGCCUGUAGCAGAGAAAGUCACAGAGAGCUGCCAGCAAAUUUGCCAGUGCAGGCCACCUCCACCGUUGCCACCGCCUCCUCCACCUCCACCACCCCCGAGGUUGCUAGUGGUGCCGACUCCCAAGUCUACCUUUUGUCCCACUGAAGAGACCUGGUGGCCAGGCCUGGUUAUUAUCAUUGCAGUAUGCUGCGCCACACUAGUGUUCCUCUUCGUAGUUGUCAUCAUUUGCUACAAAGCCAUAAAAAGGAAACCAAUGAGAAAAGAAGAGAAUGGAACCAGUCGAGCUGAAUAUGCAAUGACCUCCUCCCAAAACAGCAAAACAGUUGAUAACAAUGCAGUUGUAUAAUCCCCGAAACCCCGCCGAGGCGCAGGAGGUGGUAAACUUUCAAAGCACACACACGGAGUAUGCAAGGUGGGUGAGAUAAGGCAACGAAAGGAGCUCUGUGGCCAAGGACUUCAUUUCAGAAAUAGCACACGCAUCAGUGAUUCAGAAGAGAAAAGCAGGCUGCUCUUCAGGCUUGCUGCUUCUCCAAGGGAGGAUAAACUCACCCAGCCGGGCUGCCCGGAGAAAAGGCCUCACAAAGGCAUAAGCAUUGCAUGCUGCAUCUCGUGAAAGCAAUGUCGCGAUGCCUCCCACUUCUUCCUCUCCCCCCCCCACUUUCCAGUUUGAAUUGAGUGUCCACAAAAAGCUGCCGAAAUAGGAUCUUUUGAGGAGAAGGUGAUCUGCCAGAGUGGGAGCAGCUUAUUAGAAAUGGGUCUGAGGGUCAAGGGUCAGAGGUGUCACCUACGUGCUUCUCCAGCCUGUGCGGUUUUAUACGCUUAUACUUCAUUCUUAUCAUUCUUACUAUUUCAUUAUUAAAAAGGGAACAAAGGUUUCUGUUAAGCCAUCAAGCAACCAAAAAUUGCAUGAACUUGUGACUUAUCCUAGGAAAUUCAUCUGCGGUCUAGUGACUAUGCAAUUUCCAUGGCUGAAGACUUUUCAGGCAAAAGAAAUCAAAAUGUAAGAUUUUAGCAAUUAGCAUUGCUAUUGAAAGGGAGAUAUUAUUAAGAGGUGCUUUGUACUUUAUUACUUCAUAAUCGGCCUCCUUUUUUGCAUCACACUUUAUUUUUUGUCUUUAAAAAAGUUCUUCCUUUGUGAAAUUCUACACGUUUCUCUGUGUUUGCAUCAUGCUGAAUCCCCAGGCAAAACCCCACAGAAAAGAUGUUGCUUACAUCUUGGCGUGAGUAUUUGGGCGGGAUUCUGUUGAAAGGACUAGCAGCCCUUUGAAGUCCUCCUCAUUCACUGAUUAGUGUUGUUUCCUGAAAGUGUCGAGUCUCCUGAACUGACCCGCGGAGGACAUUGUAGGUAUGGCUUGGAGGACCACUUUUGGGGGUCUGGUAAGCUGGUUGUGCCCACGUUAACUCAGUCUCUGCCUCUCCUGGGCAGAGAUUGCCGAUUGUGCCAAAUUCAGAGUACUAGCUUAGUGUUGUACUUUCCAUGAUGUGGAUUGCAGGCUACUUAAAGCAAAGCUGAAUCCACCCAAAUUCAUUUCAUGUAGGAUCUCAGGUUAGGCUUGGUAAGUAACCCUUAGGAUAAAGGCGAUGAGACUAGCUGAGAAACUGGUCUUUCCCCACCUCCUGAAAAUUUUCCUUCAUGUCACACCCCCACGUGUAUGUCUCCAUUACCUCUGUGCUGAAAGUAGCGAUGCAGUGAAAGACAAAUUUCCACACUGGCUUCUUGUCUGGACAUCAAGCUUCAAUAUCACUUGGUCUCCGUGUCUGUGAGGGACUCCCAGGCACCGACCCAGUCUCGCUCCAGGACAUGGCUGUGCCCCGGCUGCUGUGUCCCUCGGUACUGCAACACACCGAUGCUUUCAGUUUUAUAUAAGGAUGUGCCUGAACUGCAGAAAUCAGACCUUGAUUUUCAACGCAUUCCUGUCUGCGGUUGCUCUAUCGCCAGGAUGUAGAGUUUGGCCUGAUGGUAGAGGAAGACAAUGUUCUGCAGACCUUCCCCAAAAAAGCUCCGGGAUGUUCAAAUCAGCAGUUUCAGCUCAGGCCCAUCUCUAGUUUUCUAUUACCUAUUGAACAAUAAGGUGUAUGUAAAUAUAAGUAUCUUUUCAAUGAUAAAAUGAAAUGCUGCUAUAUACUGCUGUUGAGGAAUUUAUGGAGUUACUAAUUUAGCUUUUUAGCCUGUCAUCACUAUGUAGAAGUUUAGCUUCAUAAAAUUAUUUUUUAAAGGCUAGACUUUCUUGAGAAGUGAAUGCAAUUACAAAAGUGAAAGGGAAUAAGUAACCCCUUGCCCAAGAGUACGAUCAUUCCCUGCCAUAUUCAUUUUGUGUACUUGCACAAGACACAGAGAUAUGUUCUUAGAUCCAAAGUGGGAUAAAAAUGACAGAAUUUACACUUGAGUCUAGUAUCCCAAAUGUUGAUUGCCUAAAGCACUUAGCCCCUAAAUACUAUAAUAAAAAUAUUGCAAGUAUAUUUCUAGAAUAUUUUUUAAGCUAUAACAUUUAUUUUGGUGUAGUUACCUAUGUUUGCCUUUCUGUUUUUUACUCCAGUUGUUUCUGCCUAAGUGUGGCAGAGUUUGAGACUGGUUGCAUGUUUAGCUGAGAGUAUACAGUAUGAAUGCAGAUGAGUUUAGCAUGAUACUGGCUCAGGAUUAGCACUUUCUCCUAAAGGUUGUUGAUUUUAUUUAUUUCCUAAUACAGCUUUAAAGGCAUGUUCUGAAGGGCCAAAAUCAUAAAAGGGAUUUGUAGCUCAUUAUGUCCAUCAAAAUGUGUCUGGUUUUGCAAGAAAAAGUCUAAAGAGAUGGUCACUGAAUGCUGUCUGAUUUUCAGUGAUGUCAAUGGUAAAAUGUCCUCACUAGAGAAGACCCUGGUGCCUGACAUAGCCCACAAGCAAACCCACCCCAGGCCCCCUGAGGUCUUCUCAGGAGAACAUAAACAUUAAAAACUUCAUGGAGAGCAGGGAGGCAGGGCAUUUCAAGAAGCAGCACGAGGACUAGGAUCUAUUUUCAACUCUGCCACUGAUCUGCUGUUCACUAGCAAGUAAUUUUGCCUCUCUGUGCCUCAAUUUACCCAUCUGUAUAAUCGAGAUAAAAAUACCUACCAGCUCUGUGACAGUAUUUUGAGAGAUAUAGAUGUAUCUUUGUAUCGGCAGAUAUACACUAUCAUUACAUCCAACAUGCUGAUGUUAAAUAAACGUAUUUGGGCACAUCAUUGCCAUAGCAUUUCUUAAACAAACAUUUCCCACUGUGCUUUUAUAAUCCGUCGGCCACAGAAGAGCAGCAGCACACAGGCUGAGAGCUGCUCCUCUGCUUCUCUAGCUCUCAGCACUUACACAGCUGCAUGGCAGGGAAAAACGGGAAAUCUUGUAUGGGGUAGUUUUGCCUUUAGAUUCCUGACUAAGUACGGUUGACUACAUUGCGCCAAAAUUUAAGGUGAUCUUCAGAAAGGCACUUGGAAAAGUAUACUGGAAGCAGAUGUACGUCUUCAGAAAAGAGAGGCUAGAAAGGCGGUGUCACUGAGGAAUGGUUUCCGAAGUUUGCUGAUGUGGUUUAAGGUUGCAUUUAACACUCUACAGACUACUUGCAAAGCUUUUCUAAAAGAGGCUUCUGUGCUUCCUUAUAGUACUAUAAUUAAAUACAAAGGGAAAGGAGUAGGCUUGAUGGAUAAGGGCUUCACUAAGCAGUGACCCUGGAUCUGGGCAACUGGCAAUCCAAAAUGCAGCUUUACAGGCAUUUUGAGUUUGUUUUUAGCCACCAAAAUAUCAGGCAUAGAAAGGUCCUGCGUAGCUCUGUUCACAAAAUAGCCAGAUCCCCAAGCAGGUGCAAAGGUGGCCGAUUUCUACGCAGAAGUUAAAACUGCUCUGCUCUGACCACCACCAGACAGACUCAGAAAACUGCGGUGUUCAGUCUGAGGGAGAGCAUCAACUCAAAAUUUCUUCUCAAGGAUCACCACUAGCAGACGCAAGCAGGGAAUGCACUUUAAGGGCCUGAGCUGCAAAGUGUUGAGUUUCCUCGGCAGCGCCAGGAAGGUGGAGCUGAAGCCCCAGCCCUGCCGCCCUUCCUGGCCCAGACCCGACACGGCGGUGUGCCCAGGAAAGCAUCUCUGCCUUGGAUAGAUGCUGCAGAAACAGACAUGGAAGGAAAGAGGAAAGUUCUACUAAGUAUAAGAUAUAAAUAUAUUUAUAUAUAUCUAUACAGAGACCUAAUUGUCCAGUCUUGCAUGCCAUAUGGUCACAGCAUGUGAAGCGAGUGUGGGCCUUCUGCUCCAACCAGGUCAUGACCAUAGAUGCUGCCAAGCAAUGGAGAAUCAGGCCUAUGGUAGAUAUGUAUUUACAAUACUCCCUGCACCUGUACAAACAAAAAUAUAUUGUUUUAAACUGCAGAAUAGUGUGUUUAAAUCAAUGCAUGAAUGUAGAUAUUCUAAGAUCUGCCUUCUUGACUGUGUACCACAUGUACAGAUGAAAACAAAUAUUGUUUAUAGGAAAUCUGUAUCAGUGGUUAAAUGACUAAAGAGAAAAAAAAUAUCAGAAUAAAUGUUGUCAUGUUUCUCAAACAAGCCAUUAAUGUAUAUUUAGUAUUUAAGGAUAUUGCUCAAUAAGUAUGUUCCGUACCAAAAACUGUGUUGCAUAUACAGAUUGUGCAGUACCCUAUUUUAAAAAGGCACCAUAAUUAAUUUUUAUUUUAAAUAAAAAUGUACUUGUAAAAAGUU